UGUGUAGUUAAAACUCCUCCCUGCACGGGAAAAAAUGAAAUCCUCAUCGGCCAUUGCACACCCGCGGAAGGUGCUGUGACGAUGAGAGUAGGAGCUCCUUGUGUCACUUCUCGCUUCGGGUGAACAUUUCUCGAAUGAGGAUUAAUGUUCACUUGUGUUCACUUGUUUUUGUGGAUCAACAAUGUAUAUCCGACCAAAGGAGGAACAUGUCUGGAUUCGCAUUGUUCUGUUUCUUUGUCUUUGGCACUGGGCUGCUUCGCAGUUAGCCUACUCGGUUUCCGAGGAGGUGAACAAAGGCACAGUGGUGGGGAAUCUCGCAAAGGAUUUAAACAUCAAUGUACAGGAACUAGAAAACAGGGAUCUACGCUUGGUUUCCAGUUACAGUAAGACAUAUCUUAACGUUGAUUUACGGAGUGGGAAUCUCUUAGUUGAGGAGCGGAUAGACCGAGAGGAGCUUUGUCCACAGACUAUAAAAUGCUCCUUAAAAUUACAAGCUGUUCUAAGCAAUCCAAUGACUGCACAUCGCGUAGAGGUUAAUAUAUUAGAUGUAAACGACAAUUCACCUGCAUUUCUUGAAAGCAGGUAUUACUUAAAUAUUUCUGAAUCAUCGUUAACGGGAGAGCGAUAUUUUCUCCCUGUGGCCGUGGACGGAGACAUAGGAAGCAACUCAGUGAAGACCUACAAGCUCAGU